AGUAUGAUGUUAUCCUUUAGUACAUUCUGUAGCACGAUUAAGAUAAAUAAAACUUGAACUAGAAGCAGAAGAAGAACACACAUUUAUACGCCAAAGUUACUGCGAACAGCAGCUGUUCGCGAACGCUUUACAACGGACUACUUAGCUUAUAACCAGAGAACUCUAAUAUCAAAUCUCUCGGUCGUGGUUUCGCAGCUUAUUGUCGUACGCCUUAACAAGCAAGUACCUCAACAAUUUCUUCAAUGGACCCAUUAGCGAGAGUAGCACUACUAAAUAUCAAAGGAUCGGCAAGAAUGCUAUUAUGCUCUCGACCUCAGAGCAUUCAGUGUUGCAGAAAGCUUACAUCUCAACAAGUAUUCGAUCGUGAAUCUAAGUAUGGAGCUCAUAAUUACCAUCCACUUCCUGUGGCUCUGUGCAAAGCUCAGGGUGUUUUCAUGUGGGAUGUCGAGGGUAAACGGUACUUUGACUUUCUAAGUGCUUAUUCGGCGGUUAAUCAAGGUCAUUGCCAUCCAAGAAUUUACAAAGCGAUGAUCGAUCAAGCGAAGACUUUAACUCUGACGUCUAGAGCGUUUUAUUCCGACAUUUUGGGUGAAUUCGAAGAAUAUAUUACGAAACUUUUCGGAUAUGAUAAGUGGCUACCGAUGAACACGGGCGUGGAAGGUGGCGAAACGUCAUGCAAAUUGGCACGUAGAUGGGGAUAUUCCUGUAAGGGCAUACCGCAUAAUCAAGCGAAGAUAGUAUUCGCAGAAGGCAAUUUUUGGGGAAGAACUAUGAGCGCCCUCUCCUCCAGUACCGAUCCGAUUAGCUACAAUGGCUUCGGGCCAUUUAUGCCAGGCUUUGAGAUUAUUCCUUACGACGAUCUUCCGGCGCUCCAGCGAAUUCUCGCUGAUCCAAACGUCUGCGCCUUCAUGGUGGAGCCUAUCCAAGGUGAAGCUGGCGUUGUGGUUCCUAAGGAUGGAUAUCUGAAAGGAAUCAGAGAACUCUGUACAAGAUAUAAUGUCCUAUGGAUCGCAGACGAAGUACAGACUGGUUUGGCGAGAACAGGAAAGCGAAUUGCCGUUGAUCACGAGAACGUAAAGCCGGACAUCCUAAUCCUUGGUAAGGCCUUGUCUGGAGGAUUUUAUCCAGUUUCCGGUGUGUUGGCAAAUGACUCCGUUAUGCUCACCAUCAAACCCGGUGAGCAUGGAUCUACCUAUGGCGGUAAUCCCCUGGGAUGCAGGAUCGCUCUCGAGGCACUUCGUGUUCUGGAAGAAGAAAAACUUGCCGAGAACGCGGAAAGACUCGGUCAUGUGCUCAGGGACGAAUUGAACAAGCUACCGAAAGACGUGGUCACUUUAGUAAGGGGAAAGGGUCUUUUGAAUGCCAUCGUCAUUAACAAAAAGAUCGAUGCUAUGGAUAUCUGCUUGAAAUUGAAGGAACGUGGGCUUCUGGCGAAACCAACACAUGGACAUAUUAUUCGUUUGGCACCGCCGUUGGUUAUUACGGAGGAACAGAUACGUGAGUGCGCGGAUAUUAUUUCUAAAACUAUUUCUACUUAUAAUUAACUAAUAUCCGAUAUAAAUAAUUAUUUUAAAGUAUACAUUAAAGUCUAUUUUGGACGAUUUAUAUAAUUUGCGACAAAAUUCGAAACAGAUUCCUAUUUAUAAUUUUAUACGUCAUGUAAUAUAGAAAACAUUUUAAGAAAAUAAAAUACACAUAUAUCAGCAUAUGAUAUAUAAUGCAUAUGAUAUAUGAUAUAUGUCACGUAUGAUAUAUAAAGAGAUUUGUUUUGUAUUUAUCGGAUUAUCACAAAUUAUAGAUCAUCUAAAGUGAGCUCAUGUAUACUUUAGCAUAUUUUAUCAAUUCCAAUUGUAAUUAUAUUGUAUUUUUCAAAUAAAAAUGUGUGAUCAACAA